AUGGAAGAGGGAGAGGAGAAGGGAAGUGUAUUCCUUAAAGAUAUGACCAUCAGGAAUAAUGCGGAUAUCACCGACAACAGGAAUGAAACCCAGAGUAUGGAAAGUCUCUCCUGUACUGCCGACGAAGAAAUCACCAUCGAGAACAAAGUUAGCUCAGAAUGUACCCCGUGUCCUGGCUCUCAUCUCCUAGAUGAGCAGAAUCCUGAAAACGUAUGCAGGGUGUCACCACGAGAGAUUAGUUUGAGCAAGACGGAGAGUGGAGGAGGCUUAGAUAUAACGCGAGAAGACGACUUGAAAUUCGUUUUAAAACCAUCGAAUCCUGUAGACGACAAGGAAAAUAUCAACGGCACUGUAACUUCAGAGUCUACUGGUAUUUCUACAAGGAAAGCCGUGACUGAUGAUGAAGAGACAGUGCGGAGGGCCAGAGAGGAAGGCCGUGUGGAUGUGAUUUUUCCUGGCUAUGUCACUCAGGAUGGCUGCUGUAGAUUUGUAUGUGAGAUCCUGAAGUGUGUCCUUUACCAACGGCAACAGUUGCCCAUGACUUACGAUCAGCUGGUGUAUUUUCAGAGACAGCAUCAAGCGUCCACACAGACAGAUGAUGCAGUAGGCUGGAGGCCAACAAAGGUAACGGGAGGUUUGGACUGGCGUCGAUGCCAGCGAACAUUGCAAGAGUUGGACGAGGUUCUUGGUCACCUGGAGACCCUCUUCUCUCUCAGUCAUGUCCCUCGCGUGCUCUUUGUCCUGGGUGGCUCUGUUGUCCUACCUAAUGAGCUAUAUGAGGUCAACAUGGAAGCAUUAGCCCUGGAGGCUGGAGAAGGCAGUCUUAGGGUGUCUGUCUGUCUGAGGCAACUCUUCCGCACUCUCUUUGUGGCUGACCUCCUGUCUGAUGCCAGGCCUGUGCGUCUUAUGACCACAACUGUCAUGGCCCUCGGCCACCGGGACUGUGGUGUGGAUGGAUUUCGUCCCAAGUUGGACUUCAGAGUGCCCACAAAGGUGAAAAGGCAGGUUAUUUCUCUGGCCUGUGAUUCAUCUCUAGCAAAGGCACGACAGGCAGACGUCAACUGGGAGGACUAUAUAUGGUUUCAGGCCCCAGUAACCAUCAAAGGUUUCUGUAAAUGA